GUUUCAAAUGCCUAGUUACAGAAUGGGGCAGCGAAUUCCACCAUCUAAUGACAAUAGAAGGGACCUCAUCGGAUUUUAUGAUUUGCCUCAAAUGAAGCUUGAAGAAACAGAAAUGAUAGAUACACCGCCCGAAAUAGAUUCCAAGCAAUUGGCGCAACAGCAAAUCUCAAAAGCAAAUAAAAAUAUAAGGCACAUCAUCGACUCCGACACCUUCCCUCAAGUCAAAAAGAAAGAACUGGUAGAUGUACCGCUUGAAAGAGAAUCCAGACGACUGGCAUCCUGUGACAGUAUGGAGCAGCAAAUCCCAGGAAUCAAUGAGAACACAAUAAGUGAUCUCAUGGAGAUCGGUGACUAUUCUCUGAUGAAGGAAGAAAUAAUAGAUGUACCGCUGGAAACAGAAUCCGGAAAGCCAGUAGAAGAUUCCGUUUGUGUCGAAGAUAUUUCCUUGCUUAACCAUCUCCGAAUCGAACACACGGAAGAAAAGUUAUUAAAUUUAGAUAAGUGUAAUACGAAUGAAACAUCGCACAAAUGUGUCAUGUGUGGAAAGGAAUUUCGUAAGCUUAAUAUGUUUAUUAGACAUAAGAACCGUCAUGCGAAUGAAACACUUCACAAAUGCGAUGUGUGUGGGAAAGUAUAUCGUAGGGUUAGCGCACUCAACGUACAUAAGAAAAGCCACAUGGGUCGAGCAAAAUCUCACAAAUGUGGUAUGUGUAAAAAAUUCUUUCAUACAGUCAGCAACCUUAAUGAGCAUAAGAAAAUUCACGCAGAUAAACGACCUUACAAAUGUGAAAUGUGCGAAAAGGCCUUCCGUUUCCUUGGCACCCUUAAAGAACAUAAGAAAAUCCACACGAAUGAAAGAUCUUACAAAUGUGUAAGGUGCGAGAAGUCCUAUCGUAGCAUUGGUAUCCUCAAUGCUCAUAUGAAAACUCACUCGUAUCCUUAUCAAUGUGAUUUGUGUGGAAAAGGAUAUGUUGAGAGCAGACUCCUCGAAAGUCAUAUGUACAAACACACUGGUGUGAAACCUUUUAGCUGCCAAGUGUGUGGGAAAGAAUUUUCAGUUGGCGGCAAAUAUGCGACUCACAUGCUAAUUCAUACAAUCGAACACCCUAACACAUGUGAUAUAUGCGGGAAAUCAUUUUCUUUGCGCGGUUAUCUUAAAUCCCACCGACGUAUUCACACAAACGAGAAACCUUACCAAUGUAGUGUAUGCCAGAAAGAAUUUCGUGAUUCCGGUACGCUCAAAGAACACGCGGUUAUUCACACAAACUUUAAAGCUUUCAAAUGUGAAGUCUGUGGAAAUGAAUUCCGAUUUCGCGGGGGCUUAUAUGGUCAUAUGAAAAUUCAUAGAAAUGAAAAACCGUAUAAAUGUGAAGAGUGUGGAAAAGAUUUUCGAAGUAGAUCUUCAUUAACAUAUCACCUGAGGAUACAUACAAAUGAAAAACCUUUCAAAUGCGAAGUGUGUGGCAAAGAGUUUAAUAGAAAACCAAACCUCAAGGUACAUAUGUAUCUUCACACAGGUGAGCGACCUCAUAGAUGCGAAGUGUGUGAAAAGGGUUUUACAUCGCUUACCCGCCUUACUCAGCACAAUUGUAUUAACACAAAUAAAAAUAUUUAAACUCCUAGGUGGUUUAUGAGUACGAUAACCUUAGUUCAAACCUAUGUAUAUUAGGUUAAGGAGUAAAUAAAAUAUUCAAACUAGAACUAACUAGUAUGUAACGAGUCUCCUCAGCGGUUCUAUGACAUUCAACCGAAAGUCAUGUACCCGAAUGAUGUUCACCCGAAUGUCAUCAACCAGAAUAAAGCAGUCACUCAAAAAUGAUGUACAAUCAAAUGC